GAUACCUCGGGUCUCGACGUAAAUAUAGCCGAUUAAAAAACUGCAUGCUCUAAUCUGAUAUAACAAGGCGGGGAAACAAUUCACUUUUGAGGCAGUUGCAAUCUUGUGAUUAUGCCUAGCGUAGAAAACUCGGAAACCUUGUUGAGAGGGAUGUACUAGCGUCUUGCAUCCGCAUAGCAACCAUCUCCUCGUCUUUCCUUCUCACAAACCAAAUCCCCUCAACCAUCAAAAUACCAUCAAUUCUUAAAUUCAAACCAACCUUACUUUGAUUUCAAUAUCUUCUUCAACAGCUUCUUCAAUACCUCCUUAAAUACCUUCUUCGAUAUCUUCUUCAAGAAAACACUUCUUUCUGGUCUUUCCAUUCAGAUCGAAGACAACGCGACGAGUCAACUUCAGUGGCUCGUCGUGCUUACGCUCAAUCUCUACGAGACUUCAACAUCUCUUUUCUGUUCAUUACCAAACAGUAUCUCAAAGAAGAAUGCUUCUCUAUUAAAGGUCUAAUCACCAUCAUAUCUCACUGCUGCUUGGAGUCACUCAAAAAUACUUCGAUCUACCAUACCAGCAGAUUGAUAUUUUUUUCAGUAUGCAACUGAGUCUUUUAUCUGAUCACAUAUCAGUCAAACUGUGCUAGCGUAGUUCUUAUGUGUCCUUACUCCAAGGCGCGCUCUCAGAAAACAAAAACAUACUUCGAUUCACCUCAACAGUCUUCAUCUGUUAGAGAACAAUCAUACCUCCCAUUCUUUUUUGGAACCUUUCCUCCAAUCGCGCAUGUAAAGCUCUCUCGUCUUGCAGUUCUCAUCACUGCCAUAUAUCAACAUCGUUUUUUACCACAAAAUAUUUCCCCUUCCACACGACGCUAUCUUUCUCAAAUACUUCAAUUUCUCACCAAAACAAUCGUCCACCAGAUUACCAUCAAGUGUUCCUUAGUUCUAGUCUCACUGCCUCUUCUAUUUACCCUAUGCUCUCUACGUUUAUUACAGUACUUUUCGUUCUUCUGUGUACUCAACUGCAGAGUUGUCACAUCAUGAUAACACUCAAACACCAAUCAAUCAUUCAAUUCAUUCACAUGUUUCUUACACCUCGCGUGUUUACUUAACCACGAAUACCUCAUACCUUGCUGCGAACCUCAAACUGUGAGCCUCGAUAGGUGCCGCACUAUCCCGCAGAUGACGCACUCAUGUCUUUCAAUCGUCUUUGUUCAUACAUACCUCUAAUAUCUCUCGAUCUCUCGACACUGCCUAUCUCCAUUGGCAAUAUUACAUCCUCCUCCAAUAUCCAGUCAUGGUGCUACAAUACCAGCAAGACAAGAUCGAGGACUGAAAGUCAAAAAGCGAAAUAUGAUGACGAGAAUAAUGAUAAUUCUCUAAUAUUUUACUCUCCAAGACUUUUCACCUCACCUUUCAACUCCCGGUGGUGUAUCUUCUUCAAUUCAAAUGAAUUCUCCUCGAUUCUCCGAGCA